CGGAGCGUAAGGACAAUUUUCUGCCGUCUUUGGCUGGCAAUUGGGUGUGUGGUAUUCCGAAGGGGGCUCCGCAAAGUACCGCAACAAGGUAGUGUGUAUUGACUGCACUGGCAUGUUUAGGCUUUUUAUAUUACGGCACUGACUUUACUCUUAAGGCCCAUUUCCAAAUUAAACGCUUAUGUCCAGUUGGAUGCUUGAUUAUUUGCUUGCUUGGCCAAGUCAGAUAAUUCAUUCUCCUCAAAAACACACAUACAACACACAAUCCGGUGGAGUGCGCGCGCGUGUUUUGCCUGCAUCCCAAGCAAGCCUACACCGGCAUAUAUCGGGGCGGUGGGCUGUUAUUUUUGUAUUUGGGAGCAAAUUAUCACUUGACUGAUCAGAUCCGAUCUGGCGCAGGUUAUCGUUGGCUGACGCGCCCGAUAGCGGCAGUAACAUCAUUGUGCAUACGUUAGUGCUUGGCCGUCGUGCAUUACACUACGCUUCAUUUAUCCAUGAUAAGGUAUAGCUGAUGUGGAGUGAGUGGCAAUUUUUGCGGAUUACUUGCGCCCAACAAGUUGAUAGCUCGUGGCUAAUGCGGAUCACCUUGCUUGGAAAGAUUGAUUACGGGGACGCCUAGUUGGAGAUCCAGAGCGGGAGCGCGCGACUGACGAGGCGGCUAUUACGCGGUCAAUUUUCGGUAUAUCACAGCGGACGAGCACUUCCUCUGAUUAUAUACCGUGCUACACUCUUUCGUCUCCCGUUGCCGCAUUUCUUCCCCUAAUCCAGAGAACUCGUGUGCGCCCUUUUCGGCGCGGCCCACGAAACUCAGCAACGUGGAAGAAAGGGUCACAGAUUCCCGUGCGUUUGAGCGUUAAUUUGCCCAUCAACCGCCAAACCAUCCCGUGGAUCCAUUCAACCCUCGUGUCCUCAGUCAUUUCGCUAGCCCGCGCAUUGAAAUGCCGCACAAAGGUCAUUCAGGUAUCAAUCAGCUUGGAGGCCAUUUUGUGAACGGGCGACCAUUAAGCGACCAAACCCGGCAAAGAAUCGUGGAGCUCGCACUGAGUGGAGCCCGGCCCUGUGACAUAUCCCGGCAUCUGUGCGUAUCCAACGGCUGCGUCAGUAAAAUACUGGGUCGCUACUAUGAAACCGGUUCGAUACGGCCUCGUGCCAUCGGCGGCAGUAAGCCCCGCGUGGCCACGGAAGACGUCGUUCGCAAAGUGGCAGCCUACAAAGCAGAAACGCCAGCCAUUUUCGCGUGGGAAAUACGCGACCGACUUAUCGGGGAGGGUGUCUGCACACAAGACAAUAUACCCAGUGUUUCAUCAAUAAACCGUGUGCUCCGCAACCUGGCUGCCCAAAAAGAACAGUCGACAAUACAGCAGCAGCAUCGCUCUGAACUCUUCCAUGAUAAACUCCGUCUCCUGGGCAAUCCGGAGGCGGCCGGUUGGGGCUGCGCAGCCCAUCUUGGAACGUGGAGCUACCCCAGUGCGCCACCGUCAGCCAAUCCCGGUAUCCCUCCCGCUUCCGUAAUCGAAAACAGUGUAAUCCGAUCCGGUGCCAAUGUGCCGACCGGGACGAAUGGGCCUGACAGCGCCCACAGUGAAUCAGUGAUCAAGAAAGAACAAAAGAUCCCAUCAGGCGAUCAAGCGGACACGCAGUCGGAUAGUAACAGUUCCACAAAUGAUACCGAUGCCCAAGUCCGGCUUAGACUGAAACGUAAGCUACAGCGUAAUCGCACCUCAUUCACUAACGAGCAGAUUGAGGCGCUUGAGAAAGAAUUCAAUGAAGGACAUUAUCCCGAUGUUUACAAACGAGAGAUGCUGGCCGAAAAGGUCAACUUACAAGAAGCCAAAAUACAGGUGUGGUUUUCCAAUCGGCGUGCAAAAUUCCGCCGAGAAGAAAAACUGCGAACGAAUCGCAGACCAGCGGAGCCGGAUAUGAACAGCGGCGUUAUUCAGUCGUCUAACGCGCCCGUUAGCGCACGCAUCUCCACUACCGCCGCCAGUUUCCCAUCUGCUAACGCAAUGUAUUCGCCAUUGUCUCAGUCGAUUGGCCAUUCCAGCAGCGCAUAUGGAAAUGUGGCCAAUUUCCAAAUGGCCAACAAUCUCUCGGCGGCCAACUCCUACCUGCAACAAUGUGAUGCCAGCGGCUAUAAUCCGUACGGUGUGGGUGGAGUGGGUUCCUCAUUAACGCGCACCUACGACCCCUUUGCCUACGCUAAAUGUCCCGAUCCUUACGGGCGCUUAUCGGGCGCGUCAGCCACACAAUACCAGACCUUCCCAGCCGCUAACGGCAUCGCGCACCACCAUCUCUCGAACGGUUUAAUUUCGUCCGGUGUCCCAUCCCAUGGACACGCCCUCUCCAGCGCGUCCACAGGACACGACACAGCGGGAUGUGACCUUCAAGGCGCUACGCAAUACUGGCCCCGCGUUCUGCACCCGGAGAGUUCCUUUCGGCCAUGAGAGGAAAUGAAGCAUAAUGCAACUAUUAUCAAUGAAUCUCUUUUGCAUAUUCCGAUCUCGUGUAUGACCUUUUCGGUAUAGCAUGCCGUUUUCCAAUCUUUUAUCUUUUAUUGUCAAUAAAUUGCGAAACUACAUGCCGUCAUUAAUUUUAACUGUUUACAAUAUUAAAGUUUUAUUGUCCAGUAAAUCGUAUCGCCGAUUAGAU